AUGUAUUUCUUCCUGAGUGUCUUGUCCAUAUCUGAGACAUGCUACAGCUUGUCCAUCACUCUGGAAUGUGGCCUCUUGAGCCCACACAAAUCUGUCGCUCUCCCAGAAUGUGGCACACAGAUCUUUGUCUAUCUUUUGUUUGCUAUCAACAAUUGCUUCUUGCUUACUCCAAUGGGCUAUGAUUUCUAUGAGGUCAACUGUGACCCUCUCUAGUCCUCAGUCAUCAUGGGGAAGAGAGAGUGUAUUCAGAUGGAAUGCAGGUCAUUGGUAAUUGGCCUGAGUAUGGCCAUGCUCCUGGUGAUAUGUGUGUUUGACCUCCCUUUCUAUCCAAUGAAGAGAGAAAACUAUUCAGAGGUGAGUGAGUUUAUUUUUCAAGGGUUCUCCAGUUUUGGGGAGCACCAAAUUACACUUUUCAUGGUGUUCCUUGCUCUGUACAUCUUAACCCUUGCAGGCAAUACUGUUAUUGUGACCAUCAUCAGCAUGGACCGUCACCUCCAUACUCCAAUGUACUUCUUCCUAAGUAUGCUGUCCACUUCUGAGACCUUGUACACAUUGGUAAUUGUCCCACGAAUGUUGGCCAGCCUCACCGGUCUGAACCAGCCCAUCUCUUUAGCAGGUUGUGCUACCCAGAUGUUUUUCUUUAUCACCUUAGCUAUCAACAAUUGCUUCCUGCUCACAGCAAUGGGAUAUGAUCGUUAUGUGGCCAUUUGCAACCCCUUGAGGUACACAGUAAUCAUGGAUAAGAAGAUGUGUGCCAAGUUAAUAUGUGGCGCAUGUGGCAUUGGUCUGACUGUUGCAACAGUUCAGAUUGCAUCUGUGUUCAGACUUCCCUUCUGUGAAGCAAAAGUACCCCAUUAUUUCUGUGAUAUCCUCCCAGUAAUGAAACUUUCCUGUGCUGACACCUCUAUUCAUGAUAUCAUCAACUUCAUCAUUAGUUCAUUAGUGAUUGUAGUGCCCAUGGGUUUGGUCUUCAUCUCCUAUGUCCUCAUCAUCUCCACCAUCCUAAAAAUUGCAUCUGCUGAGGGGCGGCAGAAGGCCUUUGCUACGUGUGCUUCUCAUAUCACUGUGGUCAUUAUCCAUUAUGGAUGUGCUUCUAUUGCCUACCUCAAGCCAAAGUCAGAAAAUACCAGGGACCAGGAUCAACUGAUCUCAGUGACUUAUACUGUUUUCACUCCACUGCUGAAUCCUGUUGUAUAUACUCUCAGGAAUAAGGAGGUCAAAGAUGCCCUGCGCCGGGCUAUGGGAAAGAAAUCCCUAUCCUAG